AUGGCGGCAAAAGAUCACACCAUCAAGACGUUGAACUGCAAGCUAUCAUGGGUAAGUGAUUUCACCAACUCCAUUUACGUCUUGAGAUCAGAAGCAGCAGUAGUGUCACAACAAGAACGCGUCCGCAAGACCAAACAUAUCAAGUGGUGGCUAAAAGUCAUAACCUACGCAACCGUCAUACUCACCUCACAAACAACCUACCUCCUGCUCGCCAGGCUCUACUACGUCAAAGGCAGAACCAGCAAAUGGCUCUCCACAACCGUCCAGCUCGCCGGCUUUCCCCUCCUCCUCCCUUACUACAUCUACACCAAUCGCCGCCACCACGAUAAUAACCAUUCGGCCUCCAAAUUAACGCACGGAGCAUUCUACGUAAUUGUCGGCAUCCUCGUAGGCGGAAACACCUCAUUCCUCCUCACCACCUCCUACGUCCUCCUCGUCUUCGCCAGGGACCCGACCACCGACCUCUGGGGAAUCACCAAGGGCCAAGUACAUGUUAGGGUUCGUCUGCACCCUCGCCUCCGCGGCAGGGGCAGGGCUCUUAUUUGCUGUCUCCGGGUUAUGGCGAUGGGGACGAUGGAGCUGGUCUUUGAGUUUGAGGUGAGUCCGGUGUUCUCUAACGCUGUGGGUACGGUUGGACUGCCGCCGGUGCUGAUUCUGGCGAUGGUGAUUUUUUAUGAUAGGAUGACGGGGAUUAAGGCGAUUGCGAUGGUGCUGGCUGGCUGUUUGGGGGUUUCUUUCUUAUCUCUGUCAGCAGUACUUGGAUGGCCGGCAAGUGCAAUGACACUAGCUAGUAGAUAG